AUGGUCGGUUGCCCUGUUUCUACCUGCGUUGAAGGUUUCAAAACACAGCCAGAAGAACCCCUCCAAAGAUCUCCCAACUUUGGAACUAACAAUAGCCCUACAGUUUCUGAACCGGAACUCGAUGACGAUUCCAACUUUUGGGUGAGUACUUUCUCAUGACUUUUACUUGCCUCUGACUGUGUUUACAAACCGCCGACCCUACCAGACGACGUGUCGCCGUCGCUCAAGAUCAAAACUGGGACCUCAUUAUGUUAUUGCCGACAGAGACAAGGGAGACUGGAAUGGCCAUUUCUGGCUUAUUAGCCGUCGUCAGCCAGUCAUACCCAACCCCGAAGUGUGGAACACCCGAGGCUCGAACUCGCGACCUGUUAGUUAGAAGUCCACGCCUCUAACUACUGGACCACGAGCCAGUUGCCCUGUCGGUUUCGACAGGUCGCGAGUUUGAGCCUCGGGUGUUCCACACAUCGGGGUUGCGCAUGAAUGGCUGACGACGGCUAAUAAGCCAGAAAUGACCAUUCCAGUUUCCCUUGUCUUUGACGGUAAUAACAUACUGCCUAUAUAAUGCGCCGCUGUGCGGCUGCUGGUUGGGCUCAAGAGAGAACCCGUAAGGCACAACGGAACGACUGAGUUCCGUAAGAACGAUCGGUGAGCGCCCAUACCAUUGUAACCUCAUUGUUUUGCGACAUGCCUUAAUCGGACUGCGUUGGGUCUUUACUGUUGGCACUCACGAUUAUGUGAGAUCCCAGAGUUUCAUCCAUUUUUUGAAGUUAGAAAGCAGGUUGUUUGGCACCGCGGCCGCGCCCAUCUCCAGUCGUUUUGAUUCCACCCUACCGCUGAAACGCUGCUGGAGUGGGAAGUAGGGCUGCGUUAGAGGCUGCGCACAUCUUUCUACACAUAAAUUGGUGACCAAGUCAGAAUCAAAUUUUGCAGUGAGUUCUCAUCCCAGCAACGUGACUGAAGCCAGCCCGAAGCUGAAAGGAAGGACCACCGAAGGGCGCACUGGCAUUUUGGCCAGUGCUUCGAGAGUGAUUCCCGCUUUUUCUCUCAGGAGGGUAGCGUGAAUUGCAUUGUAUCGCUCGAAAGCGUUAGACGUGUCUCUACUUCUCUGUGUAGUUGUUCUUUGCCACUUUUCUUCUCUGAACGAUCGUUGAAAAAUCUGUUGAACACCAAAAUGUGGAUUCUCACCAGUUGGGGGGCACAAGCCAUUUCUUAUGAGAGCCUGCUGAAAAUUGAUGACUUGCUUAUGCUCCCUAAUAACAUCGGUCUGUCCACAUCCCCCGAUUGGCGUACACAUGAGACGCACGUAUUCUCCCUGUAUACCAGCUCUAGUGCCCGGUCGUCGACUUUUUUUGUCAGCCGGCUCUGACCGGGCUGAAAAAAAACAGGUAUACUCAAUCAAACAGCAGUUUUAUCCUGCCCCCAAUUACUGCGUGUUUAGUGAACCUCUUGACUGUAUUUGGCGGGCCGGGCAUAACCAGUCCUCAGCAAUUUAACGGAAACCCACGAGGUUGUUGCGCUGGAUGUAUUUCUGUGUCCCCGACCGGGACCCCCCAGGUCGUGUGUGGCACGCGCAGACGGACUGUUUAGCUUUAUCGACCACUGCGAUCGAACCCACCUCCGAUCGCCUUGGCAGUAUCUUUCCAUCGCCGGCAGAUGCUGUGCAAGUCUCCUUUCACUAUAAACAGUUCAUAGGCAAGGCACCAAUGCGACCCCCACUCUGUGGGUCGUACAGUAGACGUAGUCGCUCGCGACAGUCGAGCUGUCAUGCCGUCGCCAGUUGGCUAAACUCGGACAAGUCACUGGUGUAUUGGAGAGGAGAGAGCGCAAGACUGAUCCGGCAGGUGUGUGGUACGCGCAAACCUAAAUUCGCCGACCCAGGUGGGAGAGCGGAAGAGAGUGCGAUAGAUGCAGCACAAGUCCACCAUCACUUUAGAACAAUUCACGUGCAACUUACCGUUCCUGCUCUCAUCCUGCUGUGGGACACACAGUGGACAUCGUCGACAACGAAGGUCGAACCGUCGUGUGUGUGUGUGGGUGUGUGUGCUUCUUCGUGCAGGCUGCCCGGGCCUAAGGCCCCUUUAGGCACUCGGCUCCCGCCCGUCCACGCAAUUGGUCGCAUUCCGGUAUACCAGCUGCCUUUCUGCUGCAGCUGUGUGUACCCUGGCACGUCUUUGUUCACAAAAGACGCUCCUGUGUGCGCGCGUGAUUUGGCUGUCUGCCUGGCCAACACAUCGUUAUGUGUCUCCUGACAGGUCGCGUUGACGCAACUUGUUUUGGCUCCAAAGCGCAAGCGCACACACCGCGCGCGCGCUCGUGCGGUGUGUGUCUGGUGGUGUCGUGGGAGCUGCUUUGCUCACGCUCUCUGUCGGGUCACAUGAUGUCGCAUGCCGCGCAAUCAGGCGGUGCGAGCGCGCUUACGCGUGUACGCCGGAACUUGGCUGCAAGCCAAGCGGCACACCACCGACGCCUCAGUGUGUGUGCGCGUCCCCCCUGUGUUUCACCCGUGCGUUUGUUGGUAUUUGUGUGUGUUUGUGCGUACCCUUCUUCUUCCUCCUACUACCACGCACGCCUACGCCCCCGCUAGUCUGCUGACGCCUGUCGCCAGCAGCUCUGCCACCGUUUGUCCCACACUCUCAUCCUCUGUCUGCCUCUCUGUCCAUCCUCCCCCCACCCCCCGGUCUCCGCUCGCGUCUCGCUUCUCUCCCAUCUGCCUCGCUCGUCUCGCACCCGUGGACGCCUGUGUACAGGAGCGACGUCGUGCUUCCCAGACCAGUGGGAUUCUACCUCGGGACCAUUGCCGUAAGUCCUUUUUUUUCUCAAGAGCUUCCAACCUGUCCAUGCUUGUGUACAUGCACAACCAGCGAAGCAAGACUAGCGCUCGCGGAUUUGGCUCGCCUUCCGAGUCCAAUACGGGACAUCCGUCUGGUCUGGCAAGUCCUUACGGAGGGGGGGGGGGGGGUCGACCAGAAACGAGCAGUCAUUAGAAAAGGAUCAACAAUAAAGGGGAAAGGCGUCUGCCAGGACUCAGGAGUGCAUCCCUAAGGCAAAACAGAUCGCUUCUCUGCCGUCUUUAAUUCGUGAACCUCACCUCCUCAUGACGACUGAAUAUUGCUGAUUGUACCCGGCAUUACGGAAGGUUUUAACAAACAACCGAAGCCAGGUCCGAGUCUCUAAUUCCCUUGGCCUGGGGUAGACGCAUGGCUGGUAAGACACGGAAACGGGUAUCCCCCGCCUCCCCCGCGCACACUUAAGACGUACGUAUGCCUUCUGCACAUCGGCUCUGGUGCCGGGUGUCGACUUUCCGUCAGCCGGCUAACUGCAUGGGGUCGAGAAGACAAUGUCUGACGGACGACACAGCUGCACGUCCGGAAGGACCGGCGCGCAGCCAAAUAGACGUGGAUGUUUUGGCAGAUUUUGAAUAAUUCAUAUUGACCCAACUGUGAAAAACUCGGCACCUCGGUGGGAUUCGAACCCACGCAGUAAGGGGAGGGCUUUAGUACAGCCAACGCUCUAACCACCUGAGCUACGAAGCCCCGCCGGACGACGCGAGUUUAAUCACAUUUGGGUCAAGUUACCUGCCCAACCUACUGCAACGUCUGGAAUCCACCAAAUCUGAUACAGUAGGUUGACUGCCCAACCAGGAUUUCCUGAGUAAUUUACCUAGAAUCCACCAGGUGUCUACUAGGCUCACGUAAUUCACAGAUGUUUUGACAGAUUUUGAAUAAUUCAUAUUGACCCAACUGUGAAAAACUCGGCUCCUCGGUGGGUUUCGAACCCACGCAGUAGGGAGAAGGCUUUAGUACAGCUUGGAUUCGAAUCCCACCGAGGCGCCGAGUUUUUCACAGUUGGAUCAAAAUGAAAUGAAAACUGACUAUGCAAAGCGCCGCAAGGCCCAGACAUAAUGCGACUGUAAAAAAGUUUCUCCUAUUACAGUGGAUUGGAUUUGAGGACCAGAAACCCAAUUCUGACCAAACCCGCGAAUCUGCGUUGCAAGUUCUUGGGAGUCGUUGCUGUUGCCUGCACAUGCAACUGACCUAAUCAGUAGCGAUGAGCUUUGUUAGAAGCACAAGAGAGGUCCUUUUCAGGGUAGCGGAUUUCCCAACGGUCGGAUCUUAUUUCGUAGCCGCGCAUGCGGCAGACAAGCCCCAGCCGUCUGUCAUAUGAGACCGAUGGUAAUAGGGGGUUUACCACUAACCCUCUAACCCCUAACCCUACCCCUAACCCCUAAUAGAUGCGGCUACGAAAUAGGAUCUUACCUUCCCGACUUUCAACCAGCCCUCAUUUUAUCGACACGAACGUGGCCAGUACAAAAGAUGCGCUCGUUAGUUACCGGUAAGUGAGAUUUCGAGCAGAGUGGGAAUUUCUGACAAACUACUUCCAGUGGUUCGAGGCGUGGACUUUUAACAAACAGGUCGCGAGUUCAAGCCUCGAGUGUGCCACACUUCGGGGUUGGGUAUGACUGGCUGACGACGGCUAAUAAGCCAGAAAUAGCCAUUUCCGGUCCCCCUUGUCUUUGUCGGUAAUAUCAUACUUCCAGUUGCUAUAGAAAGCAGGGGUAUAAAUGCGUAAAGUAUCGACAGUGUAUUUUCAACUCCUCUCCUGAGAUGUGAAGACAUUCGGUGUUUGCAGGACUGGGAGAUGUAUUAAUUAAUUAUCAUUAACUUGUUAAGUAAUUGCGUCUGGAGUCGUCUGGUGGAUUCUAAAUUUGUUGCUUAGAUAAUCUUGCUUGACUUGGAUUCCGUACGUUUCAGGAGGCUAGGCGGGUAACUUAACCAAAAUGUGAUUAAACCCACUUCACCCGGUAGGGCCUGGUAGCUCGGGUGGUUAGAGCGUUGGCUGUACUAAAGUCAUGCCCUUCCUGUUGUGGAUUCGAAUCCCAUCGAAGCUGCCGAGGUUUUCCCUACUGGGUCAAAUGAAUUUGGGAUUUGUUAAUAUGUGCCGACCUCCACCCUCCUGCCUGUAGUUGACCGUCAUUUCUGCGUCGGCCACCGUCUUUGUUCCGCAUACUAUGCCGCGUCUUACCGACUAAAAGAGAGACGGAAGCCUAUCCAGUCAACCGCAUCCAUUCCUGAUUCACGCAUCGCAACGCAGCUACACCCAGACGCAAGACCCUUGGACCUACUGUUUCUCCACCUCUCUCUCUCGCGCACUAUGCUCUUCCCUCACCAGCAGCCACACCGUCUCCCGAGGCGGCAGCUCAGAAUUCUAUACAGGGUAGAUCGCACAUCCCGGGCUAGCCGGGCUUUGGCCUAAUGACAACCAUGGUGGGUGAGCCACAGCUACUGCAGGCUCUAGUUGUUUUUUAUCACACCCGCGCGUACACGCCCACGACGAGGUAAGGGGACGGGACUUCAGCGCACUCAUUCUACUGCCACGCCGCCUCAUCUCUCUGCCAGGGGCCUGGACUGUGCCGUGUGGCCGCGCCCAGAUUGCGCGUGAAUCAUCGCCUUUGGCACGCUUCCACCGGCAUCUGGCCGGCGCGACCAGCAACUCCCGCGCCGUGCGUACGGGUGCGCGCGCGCGCACGUGUCUCGUAGUUGCGCUGUUGGCAUGGCUGGGUCACCGUUUGCCGUAGUUUUGAGCCACUAUGUAGUCACAUAGUCCUGCCCGGCAGAGCGUUUAAACGGCAGUCUUUUGUUUGUCUUUGACAGUCUCGGCUAGUGCUCCCGACGGCCCCUUAUGUUUGCCGCUCUCGGACACACCAUCAUGGAUCGACGUCGAUCGGAAAUUACGCUUCUGUGGUACUGUCACCACGGCCGUCACUACGACCUCGCUGAGCCAGUGCCACCUCUGUCAGCAGGAUCCCCUGCCAGCCAAACGCUCCUGCCGCUCCCUCAGCGCCAGUUCGGCAUUUUGCAAGAAGCGCUCAAGAGACCGCGUCGGCAGUUUCACCACCACCACCACCGCUGCCAACGGCAACACAGUUCAGGCUGGCAGUAAUGGCGGCAGCAACUGUGGGCGUCCUCGCGCUACGAUCGCCAGACCGGUGGCCCUCCGACUCAUCCAGACUAGUCAGCAGCAGCAGCAGCAGCAGAAGGCCUUUUUCUCCGACCUCAACUCCCCCCAGACACCUGCCUCUCAGCCCCUGCCUGGUGCCGGCCAGUCCCCCGCUGUGCACACUCACCAGCAGCAGCACUAUCACAUGGACGCUCAAACCCUCAUCGCCUCCGGCGGCGUGAAGUUACGAAAUCGCCUCAUCAUUGCCCCGCCCAGCUCUCGGCUCAGUUGGCACCAUCCCAUCUUUUCUUCCGGCGGUCCCGGCAGCCACCCCGCCCUCUCCGCCAAUCAGGCUGCCCAGAGACGAGCCAGCUACUACCCCUCUGCCGGUUUCCAUCCUAACGGACGACCCUAUUCUAUCUUCGCCACGGGGCUAGCCGCUGAUGGUUCCUCCCCCUCCACAGAGUUUGCCGUGAAACUACGCAAACCGCCCUCUCUUGCCUGUCUACCCUCUGGCCUGGAAUUCAACCACCAGUGAGUUGCCUUACUAGCUGCCGAGAAAAUACUCAUCUCAGGCAUUUUGUCUAUUUAAACGGAAACGCCAAUCUCUGGGAACAAUAAUUUACCUGGACUUUUUGACCUGUUCUCGGCUCCAAUCUCGAAAAACUUUCAGUUCAGGUUAUGACUUAGCCAGUCAACUCGAUCUCCCGGUAAUACUAUACCUAGCAGUCACUGAUUCUGCGUCGCGCUUCCGGUCUCUAACUUCACCACGUAGCGAUGCUCAAGUCGAUUCUCGCCACUCACCCCGACUAUCAACAGGGCAACAAAAGUGUAGGUGUGGUCUUACUCCAGACUGUGGGUAGCCACUAUCAGUUUCCGAAACCUCAGUUCGAAUACAAUAUGGUCCAUGAAUUCGCCCUCUCUUCUUCUUCUUCGUCUUCUUUGGGAGAUGAUGAACGCGAUACAAUGUCUGGACCUCGAAUCUUUACGCAUAUCGAUAUAUAUAUAUAUAUAUGUACUGGAAGGUAGGCAUCCCAAGAAAUAUAAGUUGAAGUCAAGGGUGUUCUAUAUAUAUAUAUAUAUAUAUAUAUAUAUAUAUAUAUAUGGAUGUAGGCAAAAAUGCUGACUCAGGUGUUCCUCUUCUGAAGACGAGCUAGGGAACCAGUCUCGAAAAUCCACAAUAAAAUUUUGCUGUUUCCCAAAGAGCUUCACCUUCCUAAUUAUAUUUCUUGAGAUGCCUGUUUUUCAAUAUAUAUAUAUAUAUAUAUAUAUAUAUAGCAGAAAUUUUAUCUGAGGCCAGGGGUCUGGACUGUGCCGUGUGGCCGCACCCAGAUUGCGCGUGAAUCAUCGCCUUUGGCACGCUUCCACCGCUUCCAGCUGCUGGUGGUCAGGGUUAUGAUCGGCUGAAUGAAGGCAAAAUAAGCCCGAAACAGUGCUGUAUCAAUCUACCCGCAUUCUCUGUCGUCCCUCCUCGCUGCUAUUAUGACUUGGCCGACUUCGGCCUGGUAAUUGGUUGCCUGUUCGUGACCUUUGCCACACAUGCGGAGCUUGUUUGCUUUGUGAAGCCAAUAGAUCGGUGUGCGCCCAUUCCUGAUUGAUAUACAUAUAUAUAUAUGGCCAUUCCGGUCUCCCUUGUCUUUGCCGGUAUCACCUUAUCUACCUAUAUCACUAGUCGCUGUGCGACUGCCUGCGAGGGUUUAAGUAUGAGCCCCAAGGCACAACAGAACGAGUAUGUUCUGUAACCUGCCUAUAUAUAUAUAUAUAUAUAUAUAUAUAUAUAUGGGCAGAAUGCUAUUACCGACAAAGACAAGCGAGACUGGAAUGGCUGUUUCUGUCUUAUUAGCCGUCGUCAGCCAGCCAUACCCAAACCCGAAGUGUGUGUAUAUAUAUAUAGAGCAGCAAGGAGGGACGACAGAGAAUGCGGGUAGGUUGAUACAGUACUGUUUUGGGCUUAUUGUGCCUUCAUUCAGCCAAUCAUAACCCUGACUACCAGCAGCUGGGGCCAGAAAUUCAAACAUGCGCACAGACGCACCUGGCGCAGUUGGUACACCAGUGGGGUCUACCAGAUGGGUCAUAAGCACUUCAUCGAACCCAAGUUCAUCAGUGCCUCGCCGCCUGUCAUUCUCUGUCACUGCAGAUCGGGUAUUUAUUCAAUCAGGAAUGGGCGCACACCGAUCUAUUGGCUUCACGAAGCAAACAAGCUCCGUAUGGGUGGCAAAGGUCACGAACAGGCAACCAAUUACCAGGCGGAAGUCGGCCAAGUCAUAAUAGCAGCGGCGAGGGACAACAGAGAAUUCGGGUAGACUGAUACAGUACUGUUUCGGGCUUAUUUUGCCUUCAUUUAGCCUAUAUAUAUCAAACAUAUUAUACCGUACUCCCGACAUAGGUACCAAUUUAAGACCCUGUCACGUGCUUCGCUGAUAUUUUACCGCUGCGUGAAGCAGAUGUGAAGGGCUCGGGUCAUCAGUGGGUCCCCCAGCGUUCCAUAUGCGGUUUCUGGAAUAUGAUUUCCAGUUAUUUAGUUAGUACCUAUGUCGGGAGUACGAUAUAAUACUUUUGAUAUCAUGCCAUAUUACUCGUAGUACUACUUGUUUGUAUAAUGGGCAUUACGUGGUCAUUCCACUGUCAUCGAUCGUUUUUGAUCCGAAUGUUCAUUGAAAUUCCUGGUUUAUGCAACCUACCUGUCUUCGCAUGAAUCGGGUGCACUCUAUGUGAGCGGUAAGCAAAUGUGAGAGCGGCUUUUUUCUCCGCCAAUCCCUUGCUGCCCAGAAUCAAGCCGCCCAUUUAAUCCUCUUUCAGCCGUAUUUCGGCAUUCACACCCACCCAAUCACGACGCAUCAGCCCCCACGAAGGCAAUCAGGCGACCUCCGACUUCUCCUUUUCUCCGGAUGUUGUGUCUUCUCCCUACCAGAAUAUUGCCUCUAGUGCAUCCUCGGGUUUCUUCCAGGACAGCUUCUCCAAUUCAUUUUCUGCCUCUCGACUGGCCGACGACUCUCUAAUGUCUGAACAGAGUGAGGUGAGUAACCCAUCUCCCCCCUCCGUCUUCGGUCUUGUCCCUCCGCAGUCUUACUUUACUCCGUUAUAAAAUUGAUCUCUCUUCCAGCCCCCACAGGCAGUUACUCUGAUUCAGAGGAGUGCGAAGCCCUGCCUCUUCUCAAACUCCUAUGGUGAGUGUAAUAAUCUUGCCCGACGGGCUAGAGACGCCGAUUUCUACUGCCCGGAUGGGGAGUGUCCCUUGCGGGGCAGUGACGGUCACACGCAGCAACAGUCACAACACCAGCUGACUGAGUCCGAGGAGACUCGCGAUUCUCCCAAUCUCUCCGUCUUCGACUCAACCAUGAAUCCAGCCUGUAAGACCCCCAACUCCUCCGCCUCGUCCUCCUCGGCGGCCUCCUUUCUCAGGGCAUCAACGCGCUGUCAGUCGCAGCCGACAGCCAUCGGAGGCACCACGCUCUGCCGGGACUGUGCCCACGGGCGCAACUGCUCCCCCCUCAAGGACAUGACAGGCGCUCAGCUCAGGGCCUACAACGGCGCCGCUGGCGGACUGAAACGAAGGCGCUGCAGUCACAAUAUGGACACCGCGUGCGGCGGCCAAGUCUGCACCACGGGCUUUUCCAAUUGGCCCUCCUCGCUGCAGGAACCGGAGGAGACGUCUUUUGGCAGCGCCUUUGACGGCCAGGGCAGUUUACCCACCGGCAGCGAGGGCAUCUUCGUUUUCGGCUCCGCCAACACCAGACGCGGUGUUACCUCCCGACCCCUCUCGGAGUCCGGCACGGACACCCCCAUUGCUGGGCGCCUACCCCAGGAGGCUGUCUUUAACCAGCUGCCGGACAGGCCACUGCAAUAUCACCACCACCACCCAGCCGACGGCAUGAACUGGGCGGAGGGUGAGCCUAUGUCCGGAUGGUCCUCUACCAGUGGCGGUGCCAACCUCAAUACCUACAGCGUCAGUCCGCUCAGACAGCUGCCGGAACUUGCUCUGCUUCAGGUAAGCUGCACCUGGGCUUCCUCAAUUGCUUUUCUUGGUUGUGACUAAAAACAGAGUAUCGAGAAAAGUCGCCAACCAAGAAAUUUCUGGUUUGUUAGUUCGGUAGGGGUAGGGUGUGUAACACCCCCUGGGUGGUUUGUCAAAAGCCUACCUUCUUAUCUUACCUAGUUACGUGUGCUUCAUAACGGUUUGUCUGGCAGUAGGUCGCGAAAGGGGUCAUGCAGGAAGCUGAUUUUGACCGCCAAUGUCGUUAUCAGCAUUACCUUUGCCCGUUUUGGACUCAGGGUUAGGAUUUGGGCAACGAUUAGAAUUGGUGUUAGUAGGGUUAUUCUUGGGAUUAGGAUCGCCAGGCUUGGGCUAUGGUUUGGAUUUGGGGUUGGGGCUAGGGUUCGGGUUUUAGGACUUGGCUUAAGGUUACGGUUACGUCCGAGUUUUCCUUAGAUACCUACGGGUAGGAGACUUCUUGAAGGCAUGGGCAUGACUGGAGUUACGUUUUUAGCUAGUUAGGUUUCCCUAAGGGGGUUACAUGCCAUACUCUUGCCGUUAGCUGUCAUCGACUACUGAUACAGACCUGAGCUCAGGUCCUGUGGGGUCAUUUAAAGGUUUGCAUCAAAAAUGGCCAUUGUGUCGUGUGUUUCCUCUUCACACCAGCAUCCAGCACGGAUGACGAAAUCGCGGCCAUUAACGACUCGGACUCGGACCGACAAGCCACCACCGCAUCAAUUACGGCCCCAGCGGUGAUUACGAGAACUGUUAAUUGCAGUGCGCAUGCGGUCCCACGGCAGCCACGUGCUAUAAAUACUGCACUCCUGGUGCCACAAUCACCUUUAUCUGCUAAUGUCUCUGAUGAUGGAUUCGAGUAAGGAUCCGAAACGUCAGGCAAAUAAAUUUCUUGUUCCGGUGAUCGCAUCUUCAUUUUCUGAACUGCUACCUGGAACUCGCCUGUUCGCAUCUGUUUCCUCUUUGUCAGUAACGUCUCUCGACUGGGUGUUCAUCUCUAAACUACACUCUGAACGAGAGUUUGGGUCGACAGCUUUGGGGUAAAGAGCAAGCGCCAGUUUCCGUCCUACGAACAGGGCAGAUUCGCGAACGCCAUAAUUGCACUAUGUGGCCUAGCUCAGGAAGCGUGAUGACAAAGUUUGAGACCUUCAUCCGUAAUGGUGUAUUCCUUAUUCAUUUGUUAAACCCGUUCCGGAAAAUGUCCUUUUUGCAUGCAGGAUAUGUUUGUAAAUAAUUUUAUCGAUCAAGGUAUUUGCAAAAGUGAGCGAGAAUCUACGUCACUUUGUAUUCCGGUACUUUCUUGUCCUAAUACUGACCUGGCUGUCACCCCCGCGACAAUUCCAGCCUCAUUUAGCCUGAAGGUGUGACCUGAUCCCGUAGACUGGGCCACGACUUGAGGGUUAAUGCUAUUCCCCGCUGCUGAUGCGUGUUCAGCCAUCCGCAUCCAGAGUACGCUCCUAGUUGCUCCGACGUAGUUGCUUUACCCUCAUCCACACCAGGUCCGGUAAACGACCCCAGCUCUCUGUGACAGUAAGUCUUAGUGCCUGAUGAUAACUACCGGUCCUUAUUCAACUCCAAAUUCAAGUUGCAUGGCAAGGUAGCUAACGAUUUCCGAGACGUUCUCAACAUAGGGAAGCUCUGCUUAUCUGUUGUUGCUUCCGGUUAUGAUUCUCUAUGUGACUACAAAAAAUCAGGCAACCAAAACUCUUGUCCCAACCGUCCAGUCACCAUAGUACUUAUUGUCUUCACCUGUUUCUCUAGUACUUAUUUAUCCCUCAUACCAAACCCCUCCCCCCUACUCUCUUCUCUGCGCCAACAGGAUCCACAAGGCAUGGUGCUGGCUCACCCCAGUAUCCGCAGACGCAAGGAGUUGGCCGGUCUCUCGGAGGCGAGUGAAGAGGAGGAGUCGAAUGAGUCCUCUGGGAUGGGCAAGUUUGGGGCUGGCCUGCAUUGCUGUUCGGGCCAGUUCCUUGAGGAGUAUGACGCUGGCACCCUGACCCCACCGUUGCAAACGCGAUUCCGGCCCAUUUCGGCAAUGCGUUCCAGCCCGAUGGACGUCAAGGCGUUUCCCGACAGCUCCACGGAGGGCAGCCCCUGCAGCUUUGCCGCGGACCCUAAAAAUGCAGCCACGUCCCGGCCGCCCUCCACUGCGGUGGUGCUGAGUUCUGCUGCUGCCUGCUUGUGUGGGCAGUCGCCCAGUGAGGGGAUGGAGGAUGCCUUCAGCACCACGGAAGACGAGGGGAGUGAAGGCAGCGGGGCGGACGGUUUCGUGGAGAUCGCGCCUGGCCUUUCCCAUCGCCUAAAGAUGCGGACGAUGAGGUCGCUGAAUGCAAACUGUGUCACCGGCCAACUUGUCCAGGACCAGCAGCAGACCGAGGACCUUACUCCCGACCUCACCAAGUACAAGGAGUUAGACAUUGGUCUGAUCGAGCGGGACUGA